AUGUAUAUUUGUUAUUUGAGGAACUAAUUAACUAAAUGAAUUAGAGAGAAAUUCCAUAAAAAAAAUGAAUUAAAGAGAAAUUGAACCAAAUAGAAUAAAACAGAGAGAGAGAGAAACAGAGAUCGCGUGACAGAGAAGAAAAAGGACUGCUACCCGGCCGCACCACCGCACCGCACCGCACCGCCGAACUGCUCAUCCGUCUUCAUCGAUCCCGUUCAAGAGGAUCUGUAGCUUGGCACUUGGAAAUGAAGAUCCCUUCCCAAUAGUGCCUGAUUUUGGGUUUAGUAGCUGGCCCAAUUGGCAACAAGAACUGAGAGAAGAGUAAUGAAUGAAAAGAUGCGAUGAGCCAUCACACAAGAUAGAUUCAAUCAGGUGUAUCAAGUUCAAUUCUACUUAGCAUGGGGACUUAUCCACGUUUACCGUGUAGAACAGUACUUGUAUUCCUCUUUAUGCAGGUUUUGUUUUAUGGUGCAUCAGUUUCUUCAUACAUUUCAGCAACCAACGAAAGUGAUAUCAGAGGAUCUCAGGCCCUCUAUGAUUGCGACCAAUGUCAUCACACAAAGGAACAAGACAUUUUUCUGACUAGAGUCCACAGUUCUCCCGAUGAGAAGGACAUUGAUAUAAUUGCAACAUACAGCGAUGCAUCUGGCCAUUUUCAACUGGCUAGGUUGAAAAUGAGGGACUUAUCUGAUUCCUGGAUUUGGGAAAACCCUACUAAUGAAAAUAAUGAACAUCAAACGAGAUCCCAGGAACUGGUGGAAUCAUUUCCAACUGAUUCAAGAUUUAAAGACACUUCGAAGCUCUCCGUAGGUGAGAAAAUUUCUAAAGAAAACAGAGUGAAAAGCACCCAUUCCCUGUCAUUGACUCCAAUGAAGAUCAAGCGCAGGAUGAUGCGACAAGAAAGAAGGAAAGCUCGUGCUGCUGUGCUUGUACAGCAGGACAAAGAAACUGAAAAUCACAUCGUGUCAGCAGCAGUUGAGCGCUCAGAAGGAUUUCAUACCACUAAAAAGGGAAAGUAUAGUAUAUGGAGGGUAGAAUACGAGAAUCCAAAUUCCGACUCAACUCUGAAACUCAUGCGAGAUCAAAUUAUAAUGGCCAAAGCAUAUAGCAACAUUGCAAAGUCUAUGAACAAAACUGUUCUUUACAGUGUGCUUGUUAAACACUUCAAAGAAAGUGAACAAGCUAUAGGUGAAGCCAAUUCUGAUGCUGAGCUUCAGCCUGGAGCAUUUGAUCAAGCAAAAGCUAUGGGUCAUAUUCUUUCUGAAGCAAAGGACCAACUAUAUGACUGCCCCUUGGUAGCAAGAAAGUUAAGGGCUACACUUCAGUCUAUGGAAGACAAUGUGAACGUACAGAGAAAAAGAAGUGCAUUCUUGAUUCAGCUUGCUGCAAAAACAGUGCCUAGACAAUUGCAUUGUCUUCCCCUUCAACUUGCAGCAGAUUAUUACCUGCAGGGCUAUCAUAAGAAAGGAAGUCUUGACGACCAGAAGAUUGAAGAUCCAUCGCUUUACCACUAUGCUAUAUUUUCUGAUAAUGUACUGGCUACAUCUGUGGUUGUCAAUUCUACAGUGCAGAAUGCAAAGGAUCCUGAGAAGCAAGUAUUCCAUAUAGUAACUGAUAAAUUAAAUUUUGCAGCAAUGAGGAUGUGGUUUCUUGUCAACCCUCCUGCUAAUGCAACCAUUGAAGUUCAGAAUAUCGAUGAUUUCAAGUGGUUGAAUUCUUCAUAUUGUUCUGUCCUACGUCAACUUGAAUCGGCGAGAAUUAAGGAAUACUACUUUAAAGCUAAUAAUCCUUCCUCACUUUCUGCUGGAUCUGACAAUUUGAAAUACAGAAAUCCCAAGUAUUUAUCGAUGCUAAAUCACCUAAGGUUCUACCUUCCCGAAGUUUAUCCGAAAUUAAACAAAGUUCUAUUCUUGGAUGAUGACAUUGUAGUGCAGAAAGAUUUGACACCUCUUUGGUCUGUUGAUCUGAAAGGAAUGGUUAAUGGUGCAGUGGAGACAUGCAAGGAGAGCUUCCAUAGGUUUGAUAAAUACCUCAACUUUAGUAAUCCACUGAUCUCCAAAAAUUUCAGCCCGAAAGCUUGUGGCUGGGCAUUUGGUAUGAAUAUGUUCGACCUGAUAGAGUGGAAGAAACGGAAUAUCACAGGAAUAUAUCAUCGGUGGCAAGACAUGAACGAGGAUAGAACCCUCUGGAAGCUCGGAACGUUACCUCCUGGACUAAUAACCUUUUAUAAUCUGACCUAUCCGUUAGACCGAGGCUGGCAUGUCUUGGGACUCGGCUAUGAUCCAGCUCUGAACCUAACAGAGAUUGAGAAUGCUGCUGUGAUUCACUACAAUGGAAACUAUAAGCCAUGGUUGAAUCUUGCUGUUUCCAAAUAUCAAUCAUAUUGGUCCAGAUAUGUUAUGUUCGAUAAUCCAUAUAUUAGAGUUUGCAACCUCAGCUAAUUUGCCAAUUUAGUUUCCUACCUCACUAACAGAUUAUAUGUACUUUUUGGAAAAUGGACACACACAUGUAAUAUAUUUGCUUCUCAAAUACCAGUUGUCAACAUUUUUCAAAUGAGAAAUUGGCAUUUGGUAAAGUCUAA